AUGAGCGAAACAAAAUCAAGAAAGCGAUUUUCCAGGGAUCGCUAUUUUCCGGAACAUAUUAUACGUAAUAUAAUUUAUCAAGUUUUGCAAGGAUUGGCGUAUAUGCACAAAAAUGGUUUCUUUCAUCGCGAUAUGAAGCCGGAAAACAUUAUGUGUAACGGAACUGAGCUUGUCAAAAUUGCUGAUUUUGGUUUAGCGCGUGAAAUUCGCUCUCGGCCGCCAUAUACGGAUUAUGUUUCCACUCGCUGGUAUCGAGCGCCGGAAAUUCUUCUUCGUUCUACCUCCUACAACUCACCAAUUGACAUCUGGGCUCUUGGCUGCAUAAUGGCAGAACUGUAUAUGCUGAGGCCACUAUUUCCUGGGACUUCCGAACUAGAUCAGUUAUUCAAAAUAAUUACUAUUCUGGGGACACCCAAUAAGGAGGAUUGGCCGGAAGGUUAUCAGUUAGCUGCCGCAAUGAAUUUUAAGUUCCAACAAACUGUGCCGACACCGCUUGCGACUGUCGUAAACUCCGUGAGCGAUGAGGGUCAAAAGCUGAUGGCCGAUAUGAUGCAGUGGAAUCCUGAAAAACGGCCAAACGCACUCAGUUCGCUGAAAUAUAAAUAUUUUCUGGUUGGUCAAAAACUGGGAGCUCCAGUAGUUAGUCAACCGUCGACGUCAAACCGAAAGACCAGUGCCGGAUCAACUCUGUCGGACUCUCGUGUGGUGCUUGGGAAAGCAAAGCUGAAACCAACUGCCACUGAAGCGAAAACUUUCGAUGGAGACAUGCAGCCCGAACGGAACAUCAACAGAAAUUUGCCGAUUUGCAAGUAUCGAGCGCCAGAAAUUCUUCUUCGUUCUACCUCCUACAACUCACCAAUUGACAUCUGGGCUCUUGGCUGCAUAAUGGCAGAACUGUAUAUGCUGAGGCCACUAUUUCCUGGGACUUCCGAACUAGAUCAGUUAUUCAAAAUAAUUACUAUUCUGGGGACACCCAAUAAGGAGGACUGGCCGGAAGGUUAUCAAUUAGCUGCCGCAAUGAAUUUUAAGUUCCAACAAACUGUGCCGACACCGCUUGCGACAGUCGUAAACUCCGUGAGCGACGAGGGUCAAAAGCUAAUGGCUGACAUGAUGCAACUUCUGGAUGAUUCAACAAAGGAGGAUAUAUUGCUUGAUAAAAACAGCCGUACAAUUGCUGGCAUUGCUGCAGCGAAAGCCAAAUUGCCUGCCAAAGAGCUGUAUAUGUCAAAAUCACGGUCUAGUCAGUCAAGUGAAUCAGGAAAAUGUCGGUCCAUCGAAGCGGGUCAGUGCAAAACAAAGCCCAGCAAGAUCUGCCGUGCAAGCCCGUUUCGAAUACGCCUACGGUACGUUUUCUCACCACCAUCCGAGAUUCGGGAGGCGAUUCUUCAUUGCGCAAUAUAUUCGACAUUGAGGCUGCACGGUGGCCGAAAAAUGUGUACAUAUAAUGCGAAUGCCUUACUGAUGCGACAUCGUUGA